CUCGACACUUUACCCUCUCCUAUUUCAUCGCACCUUCCUAAUUUUCCUCUCCAAUUCCUUCUCCAAAUCAACCUCUUAUCUAAUUUUUCAUUCAAUUUCACCCCUCCACAUCCUCUAUAAAUACCCACAAACCAAUCCCCAAAAAUUAAUAAUCAACCAUGGCUUUUCUUAAAUCUCUAGCUUUUUUCAUAAUUUUAUCAUCUGGGUUCCUUUUUUCUCAUUCAUCGUCGUUCGAUAACGUCUUGAUUCAAGGCUCACCGUUAUUAAGAACUGAAUCUCAGGUUAGACGGUUGUACGAGUCGUGGUUGGUCCGACACGGGAAGAAUUAUAACGGUUUGGGUGAGAGAGAGAGGAGAUUUGAGAUUUUUAAGGAUAAUUUGAGAUUUGUUGAUGAACAUAACUCGGUUGAUCGGAGUUAUAAAGUGGGUUUGAAUCGGUUUGCUGAUCUGAGUAAUGAGGAGUAUAAAAGAAUGUAUUUGGGUACGAGGAUGAACCGGAAUCAUUCUAGACCGGUCGGUUUGAUGAGUGAUCGGUAUUUGUUUAAGGAUGGGGAGUCUAAUGAGUUGCCGGAGAGUGUUGAUUGGAGGGAAAAAGGGGCUGUUGUUCCGGUUAAGGAUCAAGGGCAGUGUGGGAGUUGCUGGGCUUUCUCAACCGUUGGUGCAGUGGAAGGCAUAAACCAGAUUGUAACUGGUGAUUUAAUUUCUCUAUCUGAGCAGGAAUUGGUAGACUGUGACACAUCAUAUAAUCAGGGAUGCAAUGGUGGUCUCAUGGACUAUGCCUUUGAGUUCAUUAUCCAAAAUGGCGGCAUUGAUACAGAAGAAGAUUAUCCGUACCAGGCCUCCGAUAACAUGUGUGAUCCAAACAGGAAAAACGCGAAGGUAGUUGGUAUUGAUGGAUAUGAAGAUGUUCCUGUAAACGAUGAGAAGUCCUUGCAAAAUGCUGUGGCACAUCAACCAGUUAGCGUUGCCAUUGAAGCCGGAGGCAGGGCUUUUCAACUCUAUCAAUCGGGUGUUUUCACUGGCAGAUGCGGCACACAGCUGGACCAUGGUGUUGUUGCUGUUGGAUACGGUACAGAAAAUGGCGUUGAUUACUGGAUUGUGAGGAAUUCAUGGGGUCCUGCAUGGGGAGAGAGCGGUUACAUCAAGAUGGAGCGUAAUGUGAAAACUAAAACCGGAAAGUGUGGAAUUGCCAUACAGCCUUCAUAUCCCACCAAAAAGGGUGGAAACCCCCCGAAACCUGAUCCCUCCCCUCCAACUCCCGUGAACCCUCCACCUCCACCGAGUCCAACCUCUCAGUGUGACGACUACUUCUCAUGCACAGAGGGAAGCACCUGCUGUUGUAUCUAUGAAUACAAUGGCUUCUGUUUCGGAUGGGGAUGCUGCCCUCUUAAGUCCGCAACCUGCUGUGAUGACCAUUACAGCUGUUGCCCUGAAGAUUACCCUGUUUGUGAUCUCGCAGCUGGAACAUGCCGACUAAGCAAGGAUAACCCGCUCGGAGUUCAAGCAUUGAGACGAGCUCCUGCUAAAAGAACCGGCUCUCCCCUUCAUAAUGGCAAGAGGAUAAGCAGUGCGUGAAGUCCUCUUCCGGAGACAGAAGACGGGCAAGAAUUCGAGGAAGAAAUGCUUGCUUUUAGAAGUGUUUUAAUGUAAUUAUUCAGCUGGUCAUUGUAUGCAAAAUGCAUGGCCCUUCUCUGCUGAAGCAGAUCAAAACAUAAACAUUCAGAGAACACAUUUCACUGACAUUUGUAUAGUCAUUCAGCUAUUUAUUUAAAUUAAAGUUAUUUAUGGUUUA